UUCUUUCUUUCUUUCUCUCUAUCUACACUUCGCCAUUACUCGUAAGCGUUGAUGCUUUUGGAGCGGCCAGCGAAGAAAAGGGAACAGUCACGGGAAGUUGGGGGAACACAGAGAGAGAGAGAGAGAUAAAGAAUCGGAGUGUGAAUACUGUGAAGAUGAAGAAGAAAAGUUGUGAGGGAGAGGUGUUGGACGGAUCGGAUAUAAUGGAGUUGGUUGGGAAUGAGGAGGUGUUCAGUAACUUCGUGGAUCACAAGUUUCAAGAACUGGACAAAGACUGUGACGGCAAGCUCUCUGUUAAGGAAUUGCAACCCGCCGUCGCCGACAUUGGCGCUGCUCUCGGCUUGCCGGCUCAAGGCUCUUCUCCCAAGUCCGAUCAUAUCUACUCUGAGGUGCUUAAUGAAUUCACUCAUGGAAAACAAGAGAAGGUAAGCAAGACAGAGUUUAAAGAGGUUCUCUCGGAUAUUCUACUAGGCAUGGCUACUGGUUUAAAGCGGGACCCUAUUGUAAUUCUUCGCAUGGAUGGUGAUGACCUGCUAGAGUUUAUUAAUAGUCCAAGUUUUGAGUCGGACAUGGUUUCGAUAUGUUCUGUGAUAGAAUUGCCUGAUAAUGAUGGAUCCCUGAAAGAUUACAUUCUCAAGGUCUUUGAGAAGCUUACAGUGGAUCAAGGGAUGCCUCCUGCCUCAGAUUCUUGGGUAAUGAGCAACAUUGUGGAACCGGCACUGGGAUCAUCUGACACUGGUAUUCAGCAGGAACCAGUUUCGCAAGACUCAUUUCUGGCUGAGUUCAAGAAAGUUGCUGUGAGAGUGGCUCAGCGUCUUAAGGAACAACCUGUAAUUGUUGCUCAUAGUGAGAACACCUUUGAUGGAAGUGGCAUUAGGAGAUUAUUGGCCAACAAAUUUGAACUAGAUAAGACUCUGGAUUCUGCUGUUAAAAAUGUUCCCAGAGAUCGUCAUGGGAAAAUAUCCAAGGAAUACCUUCGUGUGGCACUUGAUGUACUGGCUCCAUCGGCUGGCUUACCUCCCAUUGGCGCAGUUGAUGAGAUGGACAAGAUAACUAAUGAAGCAUUGAAGAUGGUGGAUGCUGAUGAUGGGAAAAUGGUUAAAGAGGAUGAAUUGAAGAAAGUGUUGACAGAGGUACUAGGAGCAAUAAUGCUGCAGAUAGAAGGCAAUCCUGUUUCGGUUUCCACCAACUCGGUCGUGCACGAACCCCUUGCUUCUGCAUCCACACUCUUGGACCCAUCUUCAACAUAAGGGUACUUAAAUUUACUGCUUUAAACUCUGAGUUCACGUGUAUGGAUCAAUCGGAAUAACACUGUAACGUAAUGUCCAUAAAGAAGAUGACUCAGUUAGUUAAUCAGUUACUAAUGCCGCCAUAGGGUAUUGCAUCUAUAGAGGAUGAUCAGUGAUCUGAUUUGCUACUUCAAGAAAACGAAUUAUAUAUAUAUGUCAAGAUAUCACGUUCAACUGUGCAAUUAUCUGAGAUCUUUAGUUUUUAA